AUGGCACAGCAGUACACAACUUGGCAUACGGCUGUAAUCCAGGGUUUUCGAACCAAGUUGAAGGAGUGCACAGUGCGAGCUGCCUGCGGCCGAAGCUAUGUCCGAACGGCCAAGCUCACAGAAUGGUUGAAAGAGAAAGUUGAGCCAGAUUCAGAUAACACCCAUGCAAGCCGACUUCUUGUGGCUACAUAUCACAAUCGAAUAAAGGACUUCCUACCCAUUUCGUCAGAAGAGCUUUGUGCAGGUGAACACUGUUGCCUUCUCGUCUUCAGCAUACUUCUCGACCUCGGACUAGGCUGCCUAGUCGACCGGUUCCAGCGACAAGCCAUAGAGGACAGACAUCUUCCCAUUGACUUGUUAUCGCUGCAGUCCAAGUUAGCGGCCAUGGACUUAGCGAGUCUCAAUUUACCUAUUCCGGAAAAUCUAGCAGAAAGAUUUGAUGAAAUGCAAUGGCGCUUUUGUGCGGCCAGGCUUGAUUUCCGUGUGGGCCGUGAUCAUCCUAAGAACACGAUAAUACCGAUUUUCAAGAAGGAGAAGAUCAAUGACAAAGGUGGCACUGCACGGUUAUGGCAGAUUGCUGUUCAAGAGGAGUUUGUGGGCCAUCAGAUGAGAAAGGCUGUAUCGAGCUCAAGGUUCUAUGAUGCAAAAGAUGACUUUGGUUGGGGUUACUCCUUCGCUCUGAAAACAUUCAAGGAGGGCAAUCGAGACCUGUACUUGAACGAGAGAGCUGCGUUCAUCGGUCUCAAGAACCAUGACGGCAUGAUUCGGUUCCUCACCGAGUACGGACACAAAGAAAUCCUGCGAGCUCCGGGUGGGUCCGGAACUGUCGCGCCAGGAUCGGUGCAGAAUGUGACGAAAACCACUUACAAUAUCCUCCUCGAGUAUGGAGAUUGCGAUCUCGAUGAGUUUUUCGCGGAACGCCUGCCACCGGUCUUUGACACUGAAGUGGAAGCAUUCUGGCAGGACCUGUUCGAGAUCGCAGAUGCUGUCGAAGGUAUACAUAACCUGGAGGUUUCCACCGAUGGAAUGAGACAAAAUUUCUACGGGUGGCAUGCCGACAUCAAACCGGACAACAUCUUAAGCGUACAGGGAAAGUUCAAGUUAGCUGAUCCCGGGUUUGUCAAAUUUGUAAAAAAAACCGAUAAAUUGCCUCCCAUGGAAAAAAUCAUGGGGGGCACCGAGACGUACGGUGCUCCCGAAUGCUACCCAGGGAAGAAUGGCACUUCGAUUGCGGUGCCCCAAACAAUUGACAUUUGGUCCUUAGGGUGUGUCUUUUCGAUUGCUGCCACGUGGGUAGUCCUCGGCUACCCUGGGAUCCGGCAAUUUGUGAAGGUACGACAGAGAGCGAUCAACAGACUCAGCAGCAAACAGCCUUCACGGCUUGGAGACACAUUUCACGAUUCAAGAAAGGUUCUACCCGACGUAACAAGCUGGCACAGCUUGCUACGUAGCGCGUUGCGUAAGACAGACACUAUAACGAGUCGAGUACUUGACCUGGUAGAUGGGAAGAUGCUGUUGGGAGACUCUCAUCAGCGAUCAAAAGCAAAAGACAUCUGCAAGGACUUACAGCAAAUCCUGAGUGAGAAUCGUGCCAAGCCCAAGCGACCAAUGCCUGAAAACAUCAUGAAAGCGUUGCUUGAGGUGGACGAAGAGGCGCCUUCCAAAAGCGCCGGAAUGAUGUCCUCCCAAGUUUCGACAAGCAGGCGCGAGUCCUUGAAUAUUCCUCAAGACCGCAAGGCUCGCAAGUCGAAGCUUCUUGAUCAGCCAUUGAGGAAGACAGCUCAUCGCUCCGAGCGCCUCAAGUCUGCACUGUCUGCUCGAGCUGCUGAGCCAGAAAUCAAGCCAUCGCUCUACGCAACUCCUACCAAGAAGACUGUUUCGGUGCAGCGAGAAGCAUCUGGCGUUCCUGAUCCUCCUUUUUCAGAGGAGAAAAUAGUCGUUCGCCAAGAUUCGGAGGAUGCACACUUUGUGCAAUACAGGAAAAGUGGUCAUGUUCACCCUUUCACGCCGAUUUCUCCGACUUCAACUCGCCCAAAACUUACAGGAAUGUCCCGCAGAAGUACCUUUCAGAACGUUUUCCAAGCACGUCAAGAAGUAGAAAGACGUGAAAAGCACAAUUACCUCCGGAAAACACGAAAAGAUCAGCUGCUUAGCAAACACUUCGGAAAUCGAGAUAUUAAAUUUCUUGUGGAUAAUGGCGAGACAAUGAAGGAUUUCUGGUAUGAAGCCACGUAUCUGCUCGAAACAUUAGUUUGGAAAGCCGCCGGUCAAGACGAGAAUGGGAUAGACCUCUUCUUCACAGCUGGGCCUGUGAAAGUCGAGAACAAGAAAGACAAAUCUGAGUUCCUGAAGGCAAUGAAAGACCCAAGGGCCCACCCAACGGAGAAUAUGCACACCGACAUUCGAGUAUCAUUGGGUAAUAUCUUUGCCAAGUAUCUUGAGGAAUUGGAGAACAGAAACAAAUACCCCUACCAAAAGGAGGUCAAGGAUCUCGCCUUGAUUAUCUUUACAGACGGUGUGUGGGCAGGUGUGCAACAUAAGGACGACGUGAAUCAGCAGAUUGUUUCCUUUGUGAAGAAACUGGGAAGCACCGUCAGUAAUCUCAAGAUUCGGCCAGUGGGUAUUGAGUUUAUCCAAUUCGGAAACGAUCCGGAUGCAGCGUACAUGUUGCGUCAUUUAGAUAAGGACUUGAAAUGGGCAGGUAUCCCUGAUAUAAUCGACACCGAGCCCUCGUCUGGUGAUGUCAAUAAGAUGCUACUUGGAAGCUUCGUCGAAGAGUACGAUGAGGACAACGACGACGACUAUGGAGGUCUCAUGACUGAAUCAACGGAUGUAUGGUCUGAAUGGCUUCGACCACAAGGCAGUCCUGCUAGAAGUUCCUCAUCUCAGACUAUCCCUCUCUCAGAACAGGCUCCGGACACCAGAAUACCAACUAUAAAGCAACCUAUACCUCCCAGCAGGCAGACAACCCUGAACUGGCGUCAUCCUAGUCCAUGA